CACCAACAAUCCAACAGUCCAACACAACCCACCCGCAACAACCAAGAAACUAUGCAGUUCCCCACCCUCAUCCUCACGAUCCUGGCCAUCACCAGCUCCGGCGUGCUCGCCGCCCCGGCCGCUGGUGUUCCCGUUCCCGGACUCGAGAAGCGCCAGGACGCCGUGUGCGGCGGUGGAUGCGACUGGACUGCCGUUCCGGAUACGUGCGGCGAGGGUUGCUUGUGCUUCAAGACUGGCCAACUCGGAACUUGUCAUAAUGUUUGAACAAACGGGGAAGUGAGAGGGAACCGAUGAAUUGGAGGAUGUGAGGGCGGAGAGCCUUGAGAAAGAAGGGUGGGGGAUUGUCUGCCGCACGUCUGUAGUCAUCCAAGUUCUUCGGGCGCUGAAAUGAGUAAAUCAUCGAUCA